GAUUGGAACCUCCCCUUUGAACUCAUGUGUGACGUCAGUGAUUUUGUAAUGGAGCGGUGUUAGGUCAAAGGCGAGGACGUCAUUUUCAACUCAUAUGUUAUGCCUCGAAGACAUUGAAUGGGGCUCAAGAGAAUUAUACAACUACUAAAAAGAGUUGUUGGCAGUCAUCUUUUCUUUCGACAAGUUUCGGUCCUAUAUUGUGCUUUCAAAAGUAAUUGUCUACAUCGACCACUCUACCAUUCGAUUCUUGAUGAGCAAGACUGAUGCCAAGCCUCGAUUGAUAAGAUGGAUCUUGCACCUUCAAGAGUUCGAUGUCGAGAUCAAAUACAAGAAGGGAGCCAAGAAUCUUGCGGCGAACCAUCUUUCUCGACUUGAAGGUACCCGGAGAACCUCUUCGCACAACGCGAUAAAUGACAAUUUCCCCGAUGAAAGGUUGUUCGUCAUUGUCGUAGUGGAAAGUGCAACCCCUUGGUUUGCCAACUUCUCCAGUUACUUGGUAGGAAAUCAACUACCAAAGGGGAUGAAUACUAACGAGAAAUGGAAAUUUUUCGCCGACCUCCGCUACUACUUUUGCGAUGAUCCUUACCUGUUUAGGAUCGGAGAUGAUGGGAUCAUCCGGUGGUGUGUUCCGGAGGACAAAAUGACAGCUAUCCUUAGCCAGUUCCAUGAAGGGCCGAUAUGAGGGCAUCACGGGGGCAACUACACGGCGAUGAAGGUCCUCCUGUCGGGGUUCUACUGGUCGUCGUUGUUUCGGGAUGCCGAUUCGUUUGCGUGGCAAUGCGACAACUGAUAAAGAACAGGUAACAUUUCUAACCACAGUGAGAUGCCUUAAACAAUUUCCAUUAUAUGUGAGAAUUUUGACGUUUGGGACAUCGAUUUCAUGGGUCCUUUCCCGUCAUCUUUUGGGAAAAAGUACAUUCUAGUGGCCGUGGACUAUGUCUCGAGGUGGGUGGAGGCUCAAGCCCUCCCCACCAAUGAUGCAAGACAAGUUUGCGGAUUUCUUCAGAAAUUGUUUUCACGUUUUGGGACCCCUAGGGCCAUUAUUAGAGAUCGACUUCCAGGGACAAUUUGAUAAACUCCUUGAUCGCUAUGGUGUCACCCACCGAGUCUUCAUGGGCUACCACCCUCAAACAAGCGCUCAGGUGGAGUUGACAAAUAGGGAGUUGAAAAUGAUUCUAGAAAAGACCGUGGACCGAUCCCGCAAAGAUUGGUCCACAAAGCUCGAUGAUGCUUUAUGAGCUUAUCGCACGACCUAUAAAACACCAAUAGCGUC